GUCGUGGUAAGAGUAAUACUCAAUAGUGAAUAAGGAUUUCAAAUAAGCAUUAAAUAUAUGUUACAUAUUAUAUUUUUUACUAGUCUUAUCGGAUAGUGCUACUACAGUAUAUAAAAAUAUGAACUUUUUAUCAUUAAUUUAUGGAAUUAUGAAUUAAACUUAGAAUAAACUUAAAUAAACUGCCACAGGAUACUUUGAAGUAAUAAUUUAACAUAUAACAUUAGUGAAAUUACAGUGCUUAUCAUUUUAAAAUUUAGUUUUACUUCAUUUAUGCUGUUGCAUAUUUCAUAUAUCUAUAUAAAAGGCCCAAAGACAUCAGUAAUUACUGACAAUUUUGGUAAUUACCAAAAAUGUAUUAAGUAUUAACAUGUAUAAGUUUUUUAUACUAAGACUGUAAACAGUAUGAAUUAUUUUAUAUAAAAUAUAACAAAAAAGUGAAACUUAUUUAUAGACUGAUUUACUUUUGAAGAGGAAAAUAAAACAAUUUGUGAAUAAAGUGUUCAAACAUAAUUUGUUCAUUCUUUCGGAAAUAUUUAAAUAGGAAAGUAAUGGAUGAGCUAGAAGUAUGGGAAGAUUUAUCUAAUAUUCCAGCUGAUCCACCUUUGAUGCGAGAGCUAUGUGAAAAUUGCAAGAGACCUUCAGUUGUUUGCUGGUGUUCAGCACUUCCACCAGAGCGACUUGAUCCUAAGAGCAAAGUUAUUUUAUUACAACACCCAGCUGAAGAAAAAAGAUGCCUUCGAACUGCUCCUAUGCUACAACUAGGCUUAGCAGAACAUAAGUGCCUUAUAUUCAAAGGAAAAAAAUUUCCUCAACCUAGACAUGAAUGCCUAGAAGAUAUUCUAACACAACCAAAUACUGUGCUUUUAUAUCCUAGUAAAGCUGCCAUUGAUAUUAAGGACUUAAAACAUGAAGCUACCUCUUAUAAUAUUAUAUUAAUAGAUGGAACAUGGCCACAAGCUAAAGCCAUAUAUGCAUCAAGCCCUAUUUUACAUGUAAUUAAACAAGUCAAACUUACUACUACAAGCACUAGUAACUAUCUCAUAAGAACACAGCCAACUCAAGGCUGCUUAAGUACACUGGAGACUGCAGCUGAAGCUCUAUCUCAAUUAGAAAACAAUUCAAUUUACAGAGAACAAUUGCUUGAACCUUUACAUAUGCUAUGUAAAUUUCAAUUAGAUAAUGGUGCAGUUACACAUCAAUCAAAAGAAUUUUUAAUUAAAACAAAAACAUACCCUAAAUUAAUAGGAAAACGAUUGUCUAAAUUAUUAAGAUCUACAAAUGAAAUAUAAGUAAUUAUAAUUUUAUAAAAUUUAUACAGUCAUUUUUAGUGAUUUUAAAUUAUUUUAAGUAACAAUACUGAAUACAUACUUUAGUAAUUAUUUUGAUUUUUUAGAACAUUUAUCACUAUUUCCACUAAAAUUUCAACUAUCAAGUUUAGCUAAGAA